AUGAGCUCAGGGGUUGGUAUGGGUAUGGCCGGUGGGCCUGGGAGCGGACUUGGAUUUGAAUCUGGAGUUGGAACCGGAACUGGAACUGACCCUUCAACCCCCUUCCGCUACGAACUUUUCUCCUCCCUGAUGUCUGGCUCCUUAACCGGAAACAACACAGACACCAACUCUCGAAUGAGCAGGCCCCCUCCCCUCCCUAGCUUCACCUCUACCCUAGGAGACCUUCUCAGUCCCACAAGCUCAUCUCUGGACAUCCACAGGUCAUUCGCCAAUGCUAACGACUCCCAGUCCAAGCUCAGCCAGGGGCUGAGUGGUAUGGGUUAUGUGGGCUCUAUUGGUCUGGGUCUGCAGAGGAACUUCAGUAACGAAGGCCUGAACUCACCACUGUUCAACAUGGGGUCCCCCCAUGGAGGGUCUGUCCAUGGAGGAUCUCACUUCAGUCCAGAGCCAGAGCCUGAGAAGAACCUGGUGCCCAAGUAUAGAGCCUUCCCCGACGCCUAUGUGAGUACUGACCUGGGGUUUAAUUUAGCAUUGGUUUAGUUGCAAGGUUUGAGUUGGAGAAGGUUUCAGUAAGAGAUUGUGUGAAUACUGGGAUCAUGGGGAUGGUAAAAGGAGUGAUAGAAUUCAUGACAAAGAGUCUUAUGGGAAGGGGUCUAGUACAAUGGGAAUAGAGGCAUUUAAUAGGACUGCAAUUGGAUUGGAUUUGUCUUGGACACGUAUUUCACCAUUGGCUUCAUGACAAUGUUUAGUGAGAGAUUGUGAGAACACGGUGUGAGAGGAGAAGAAUAUAGGAGGGAAAGGAGGAAAUGGAAUUCAGCCUAAGUAUGCAGGAUGUACAUGUUUUAGACGCUUACUAAGCAUUUUAUCAUUAGUUUAUAUGGAAGUUUUGAAAUACAGAUGAGUUUAGGAAGAGAUUACGUGACAAUCUGAUUUGAGAAAAAGUGACAAUUCCCGGUGUAGUUUCCUGAUUUUCUACCUUUCACUGAAUGAGUUCCACCACAGUGAUGCCGAUGCCCUUCCUGAAUGUGAAAGGGUGAGUGCAGUGAAAUGGUCUCGGAGACUAGGGUGAUGAAACACAAUAGAUCCAUGGCUAUAUACAUUACAUCAGCCACAGGAUCCGUGCUCCUCUCUCAUGUAGCUACUAGCUCUUCCCAUCUGCAUUAUCUCAUGUCAUAAUACAAAUUUUCAGGUCUCUAAUAAAUACAGUAACAGAAAACAAUACAGGUGAGCAAAAAAAGAGGGAAAUGUUUUUAUAAGAAAUUCUACAAAUAAAGAAGUAGCUUCUUGUGUGGCUGGGGUUGCCGUGGUUAUGAGGCAUGUGGGUUAAGCCAACAUUCCGCAGCGUGCCUCUGAAAAUCAUUCAGGACAGCUCCUGAACAGUGAGGUCUUUCAUGCCAACACACACAUUCACCCAGGCACGCACGCCUCACACACCACUCAAUAUGCCUUAAGGCUUGGAUCACAUGCAAAACUCAUUAUAUAACACUCCAUUGGUUCUUCCACAGAAGAACAUGGAACAUACCAAUGAAUGGUUUCACAAUCAUUCAUUAUGGCUUGUUUUUACAGUUUACUGACACUGUUUAUGCUUACAACAUCCAACAUGGCCACAUCCUUAUGUUCCCUCAGUAAUGACAUUGUCAGGCAUAUAUCAGUCACAAUGGUGCAUGUAGAUACUAACAUUAGGAUAUACUGAGCACAACUCAUCCAGUCGAGCUUUAUCUUACACCAUUCUACCGAGAUGUUGGCACUUAUCCUGUGCAGACUGUAGUGUUUUGCAGAGUUGGCACAGUGCACGUGUGUUAUGUUUGUGUGCUGGUCUGGAUAUCUAAUAGCCCUGCCUCCCCUCAGGCCACAGGUAGACCUGAGCAGCUCAUGUUUCUGUCAUUGAGACUAUUAUUGACCCUUUCACCAUGUGAUUUGGCUCCUCCAAUGGAACUGGGUCUCUGACCUCAAUUCUAUAGGCCGAAUCCUUAUAUAAAUCUGAAUAUGAGAUCCACAAGGGUGACUCAAGUUUUUGAGCAAAUCUCCCAUUGACAUCAAUCUUUGAUUAAUGCAAGAGUUUUUGUGCAUGCAUAGCCUAGAUCUCAGCUAAGGAUUCGGAUAGAAGUCACAAGGGCAGUUCAGUAACCUAUAAUGUUAGUGGCUGUCUGACCUACAUGAAUGCUAAGUCACCAGGACAGGGACAGUAAGUGGCCUGUUAUGAUGUGGGUGUUGCCAGGCAAGUGUUUGGAGACAGUUUGUUUCACCACCCACUGUUGGCUUUUACAGCCUCAUCCUGCUUUCCCUCUGCCAACAGAGAGGAGAAGGAAGGGAGAGAUGGAGAGAGAUAGACAAGCAAAGGGAGAGUGAGAUAUUAAGAGAAGGAGAGAUAGAGAUGGGAGCGUGAAAGGGCGAAAGAGAGAGUCCAACACACGCAAAGACAGACCUAUCAAAACACAAUGGUUGGAGUUUCUGGGGAAUUUUAAUACUCAGGAAUUUACACUAUCUUAACAAGAUGCGUAUAGGGCAACAGGCCUUGGACACACUGUACAUCUACAGUGGGGGAAAAAAGUAUUUAGUCAGCCACCAAUUGUGCAAGUUCUCCCACUUAAAAGAUGAGAGAGGCCUGUAAUUUUCAUCAUAGGUACACGUCAACUAAAUCACAUUGUAGGAUUUUUUAUGAAUUUAUUUGCAAAUUAUGGUGGAAAAUAAGUAUUUGGUCACCUACAAACAAGCAAGAUUUCUGGCUCUCACAGACCUGUAACUUCUUCUUUAAGAGGCUCCUCUGUCCUCCACUCGUUACCUGUAUUAAUGGCACCUGUUUGAACUUGUUAUCAGUAUAAAAGACACCUGUCCACAACCUCAAACAGUCACACUCCAAACUCCACUAUGGCCAAGACCAAAGAGCUGUCAAAGGACACCAGAAACAAAAUUGUAGACCUGCACCAGGCUGGGAAGACUGAAUCUGCAAUAGGUAAGCAGCUUGGUUUGAAGAAAUCAACUGUGGGAGCAAUUAUUAGGAAAUGGAAGACAUACAAGACCACUGAUAAUCUCCCUCGAUCUGGGGCUCCACGCAAGAUCUCACCCCGUGGGGUCAAAAUGAUCACAAGAACGGUGAGCAAAAAUCCCAGAACCACACGGGGGGGACCUAGUGAAUGACCUGCAGAGAGCUGGGACCAAAGUAACAAAGCCUACCAUCAGUAACACACUACGCCGCCAGGGACUCAAAUCCUGCAGUGCGAGACGUGUCCCCCUGCUUAAGCCAGUACAUGUCCAGGCCUGUCUGAAGUUUGCUAGAGUGCAUUUGGAUGAUCCAGAAGAGGAUUGGGAGAAUGUCAUAUGGUCAGAUGAAACCAAAAUAUAACUUUUUGGUAAAAACUCAACUCGUCGUGUUUGGAGGACAAAGAAUGCUGAGUUGCAUCCAAAGAACACCAUACCUACUGUGAAGCAUGGGGGUGGAAACAUCAUGCUUUGGGGCUGUUUUUCUGCAAAGGGACCAGGACGACUGAUCCGUGUAAAGGAAAGAAUGAAUGGGGCCAUGUAUCGUGAGACUUUGAGUGAAAACCUCCUUCCAUCAGCAAGGGCAUUGAAGAUGAAACGUGGCUGGGUCUUUCAGCAUGACAAUGAUCCCAAACACACCGCCCGGGCAACGAAGGAGUGGCAUCGUAAGAAGCAUUUCAAGGUACUGGAGUGGCCUAGCCAGUCUCCAGAUCUCAACCCCAUAGAACAUCUUUGGAGGGAGUUGAAAGUCUGUGUUGCCCAGCGACAGCCCCAAAACAUCACUGCUCUAGAGGAGAUCUGCAUGGAGGAAUGGGCCAAAAUACCAGCAACAGUGUGUGAAAACCUUGUGAAGACUUACAGAAAACGUUUGACCUGUGUCAUUGCCAACAAAGGGUAUAUAACAAAGUAUUGAGAAACUUUUGUUAUUGACCAAAUACUUAUUUUCCACCAUAAUUUGCAAAUAAAUUCAUUAAAAAUCCUACAAUGUGAUUUUCUGGAUUUUUUUUCUCAUUUUGUCUGUCAUAGUUGACGUGUACCUAUGAUGAAAAUUACAGGCCUCUCUCAUCUUUUUAAGUGGGAGAACUUGCACAAUUGGUGGCUGACUAAAUACUUUUUUCCCCCACUGUAUGACAUGAAUGAAAGAUACCCAUCCAGAUAGCAUCAGGGGCAUAAUAAUCUUGGCACAGUGUUAUCUGUUUUUCUUUCUUAUGUUAGCACCUUUAAACCAAGCGAUCUAUCUGUUGAAUCCUGCUUGGGCUGCCACACCUCGUCUUUUGUCUUUUCGUCUCUCGUUUACCUCAAGUUUGACCUUUUUGUUUAAUGGUGGAUCUGAUAGAGCUGAGUUGACAGCCUGGCCCGGGAGAGGAGGAGGGAGGGUGGUGGAAGGGGGAAAAUGAUUGUCUUCUCUUUCUUUCCCCCGCUGUUCCGUUCAUCUCUCUUUUACACAAGUCUGUGCACAGUCUGAACGUAUCAUGCUGAGACUGCAAGACGAAAUUUGUAAGCACAUUUCCAGCCUGCAGUGCUUGGCUGGAGGUUGACACUUGGGAGGGAGGUGGAGAUAGUGGAGAGGCGUGAGUACAUGAUGGAAGUGACAGUGUUCUAGGGCUGUGACGAUACCAGUAUCGCAACAAGAAGCAGACCAAACUCUUUGGUCCUUUAAAAACCUGCUGUAUGUAAAAUAUUGUGUGCUAUAGCUAGGAAAAUAAAUAAAUGUGACUGGAUGACAUCAUAAUGAUGUUUGUUUCCAACAUUAGGGCUGUUUUCCUAAAGAACUUAAAUCGGCUUCAUGUUUUGUUUCCUUGCCAUGAUACUAGAGUAUCGCGAUACUGGUAUUGUCCCGGACCUACGAGCGUUCACUCAAUUAAUCAGAGACAUGGGGAGAGAGAGAUAAAGAAAGACAACCGAGGUUAAAUGAAAGACUUGAGUAACUGAUCUGUCAAUCAUCAAUCAUGUACCAUGCAGUUGCAGUUGCAGGCACUAAAAAGUUAGGUCACGUCGCGGUAUUGACAGAACAAUUUCCGCAAUGCAUGUCUAACGUGCCACUCAAGCGUAUUUUACCGAUGCCACAAAAUCCUGGACUACAGUACAGGGUUUUAAAAAACAAACAUGUUCGUGUCCACAACUGUACUUAGUGAUUUUCAUAGUCCCUCACGGAGUCACAGUCACUGCGGUCACGUGGGUCAUACUGGGGUACGGAUGUAAAAAUCUCUCAAUCUCCCAUUGGAGCCCAUUUAAAUUAACCCCAAGGGUGCCUUGUUAAAUCUUGUUAAUUCUCUUAAAUUUAAUACCAUGACUGUUUUCUCAUUAGCUGGGAAUGUUGUUUGAAAUGUCUGAUACAACAUACCUUGGUGAUAUUGUUAUCAACCUACUGCAUACCCCUUAAAAAUAUAAAUGUUUGUGUGCAGGGUGUGCUAUUAGCUUGCUAACACUCAUUAAGACAGACAUAGAAUAGCUAUUGCUAGCAUUCACUUGUUGAAAUUGAAGUAACUUUUGAGUGUAAUGGAGUAGACUAUGACAUAAAUAUAUAUCAUUCAUGAUGUUUGGAUGGAAGCUAUAAUCCAGUUAUAAUAUAUGUAUACAAUACCGGUAAAAAGUUUUAGAACACCUAAUCAUUCAAGGGGUUUUCUUUAUUUUCUACAUUGUUGAAUAAUAGUGAAGACAUCAAAACUAUGAAAUAACACAUGUAGUAUCCAAAAAAGUGUUAAACAAACAAAAUGUAUUUGAUAUUUUAGAUUCUUCAAAUAGCCACCCUUUGCCUUGAUGACAGCUUUGCACACUCUUGGCAUUCUCUCAACCAGCUUCACCUGGAAUGCUUUUCCAACAGUCUUGAAGGAGUUCCCGCAUAUGCUGAGCACUUGAUGGCUGCUUUUACUUCACUCUGCCGUCCGACUCAUCCCAAACUAUCUCAAUUGGGUUGAGGUCUGGGGAUGGUGGAGGCCAUGUCAUCUGAUGCAGCACUCAAUCACUCUCCUUCUUGGGAAAAUAGCCCUUACACAGCCUGGAGGUGUGUUGGUUCAUUGUCCUGUUGAAAAACAAAUGAUAGUCCCACUAAGCCCAAACCAGAUGGGAUGGUGUAUGGCUGCAGAAUGCUGUGGUAGCCAUGCUGGUUAAGUGUUCCUUGAAUUCUAAAUAAAUCACAGACAGUGUCACCAGCAAAGCACCCCCACACCAUAACACCUCCUCCUCCAUGCUUUAAGGUGGGAAAUACAAAUGCGGAGAUCAUCCGUUCACCCACACCGCGUCUCACAAAGACAACGGCGGUUGGAACCAAAAAUCUCAAAUUUGGACUCCAGAACAAAGGACACAUUUUCACCGGUCUAAUGUCCAUUGCUCGUGUUUCUUGUCCCAAGCAAGUCUCUUCUUCUUAUUGGUGUCCUUUAGUAGUGGUUUCUUUGCAGCAAUUCGAUCAUGAAGACCUGAUUCACACAGUCUCCUCUGAACAGUUGAUGUUGAGAUGUGUCUGUUACUUGAACUCUGUGAAGCAUUUAUUUGGGCUGCAAUUUCUGAGGCUGGUAACUCUAAUGAACUUAUCCUCUACAGCAGAGGUAACUCUGGGUCAUCCAUUCCUGUGGCGGUCCUCAUGAGAGCCAGUUUCAUCAUAGCGCUUGAUGGUUUUUGCGUCUGCACUUAAAUAAACGUUCAAAGUUCUUGAAAUGUUCCGUAUUGAUUGACCUUCAUGUCUUAAAGUAAUGAUGGACUGUCAUUUCUCUUUGCUUAUUUUAGCUGUUCUUGCCAUAAUAUGGACUUGGUCUUUUACCAAAUAGGGCUAUCUUCUGUAUACCCCCCCCCCCCCCCCCCCCCCCCCUUGUCACAACACAACUGAUUGGCUCAAACGCAUUAAGAAGGAAAGAAAUUCCACAACUUAACUUUUGAAAAGUUAAUUGAAAUGCAUUCCAGGUGACUACCUCAUGAAGCUGGUUGAGAGAAUGCCAAGUGUGCAAAGCUGUCAUCAAAGCAAAGGGUGGCUAUUUGAAGAAUCUUUGAUUUGUUUAACACUUUUUUGGUUACUACAUGAUUCCAUAUGUGUUAUUUCAUAGUUCUGAUGUCUUCACUAUUAUUCUACAAUGUAGAAAAUAGUAAAAAUAAAGAAAAACCCUUGAAUGAGUAUAUAUAUAUAUCUAUCUCUAUAUAUAUAUAUAUAUAUAUACUAUGUGUGUCGUUAUUGCUUGGCUGCACUUGCUUGGCUGCAAAGAUUGCUUCCACAUACCCAUCUUGUCCCUGCUUGUGUGAAUUUCGGUAAAAACUUCACUUUGCUGUGUGGACCUAUGCCUGGCAUUUCAAUCAACGUCACAUGCUGAUGUCUCACUACUAUUGUGUGGUUUAUAGUUAUAGUCAUUAUAUAACUCUUAUACACUGAGUUUGCAAAACAUUAAGAACACCUUCCUAAUACUGAGUUGCCCCCCCCUUUGCCCUGAGAACAUCCUAAAUUCAUUGGGGCAUGGACUCUACAAGCUGUUGAAAGCGUUCCACAGGGAUGCUGGCCCAUGUUGACUCCAAUGCUUCCCACAGUUGUGUCAAGUUGGCUGGAUGUCCUUUGGGUGUUGGACUAUUCUUGAUACACACGGGAGCGUGAAAAACUGUUGAGCGUGAAAAACCCAGCAGUGUUGCAGUUCUUGACACAAACAGGUGUGCCUGGCACUUACUACCAUACCCUGUUCAAAGACACUUAAAUAUUUUGUCUUGCUCAUUCACCCUCUGAAUGGUACACAUACACAAUCCAUGUCUCAAUUGUCUCAAGGCUUAAAAAUCCUUCUUUAACCUGUCUCCUCCCCUUCAUCUACAGUGAUUGAAGUGGAUUUAACAGUUGACACCAAUAAGGGAUCAUAGCUUUCACCUGGAUCCACCUGGUCAGUCUAUGUCAUGGAAAGAGCAGUAUGCGUUAUUAAUCAUGCCAGUCAAUGGCCUUUAGCGUGGACUAGUGUCCUUUACAACCAAAUUCCUGUCGCCAACUGAAAAUGCACACUUCGCACAGAAACAGUCUGGAUAAUUACCACGGUAACCAACGCUCAAUCACCUUUGACAACAGGACCUUGGCAGUGGUGUGUCGUAACCAGACAGGUGAGGACACUAAAUGACUAAAAUGUAAAUGAUGAUCCCUCUAUUGUGGGAGUGUUCACUCCGUCUCUCAGCAGUUUGUCAGUUUUUUUUCUACCCCCAAUGACAACACAGAUAAACGUGUUUUGUUUAAUGACUGUACGAGUUGACUUACGGCUUACACAACGCACCGGCAGCAUUUUCUAUACGUUCCAUACCAGACUGUUUUGGCUAUGGCUCACUGAGUCUGCAAAGGCAUCUCUCUCAGCAAGCCAUGAUGCAAGAACAAAAUAGUAUGAACCUUUCUUGCCUGUGCCUUAUAAUCUUGAAUUGCACGUAAUUAGAUGAUUUUAUAGAUGUUGACACAGCUCCUUUGAUACAUUUGAAAAGGUUUCAGUUUGUUAAUCCAAUGUUGGGAUUUGUAAUAGGUUAUGACAUUUUAAACAGACAUCUGAGAUGGCUGGGAGGGGGGGGGGGGGGGUCUUAGACUAGAGAAAACUGUCUAACAGUCAAUCUGGUCCUACCUGUCUUUGUGAAGCCCUGAAGCAUUAUAACUUGUGACAAAGAUGAGGGUGGCCUUUUCCCUGUGAAGGGCAAUGGCAAAGCUAAGGUAGGUAUUUUAAACUGUGGCUCAAUCCUACCCUCUGCUCAUUUUCAAGUCAAGUCAACAGGUGUCCUGUUACUGUUUGGAAUGCUCAAGCUGAAUGAAGUCGAGGGCCACUUUGUUAUAGUUCAAGACUAAUUUAGCCACAAAUGUUUCAGGGUGCAGUGUAAAGGCAGUAAGUCUUACUAGACAGUCAUACUAGGAUAAACAAUCUGUGGACUGGAGCAGCAACAUAUUCUGUUCAUGACCUGAAUACGAUAUGAAAGUCCCACCUACUUCCUGGAUCAUGUCCCACGCUGUUUUUGAAUGGCCUUCAAGAUUGUCAUCAAAUGUAUGAAAAUGCAGUCAUUUAAUAUAUGCUCAAAAAAAUAAAGGGAACACUUAAACAACACAUCCUAGAUCUGAAUGAAUGAAAUAAUAUUAUUAAAUACUUUUUUCUUUACAUAGUUGAAUGUGCUGACAACAAAAUCACACAAAAAUGAUCAAUUAAAUCAAAUUUAUCAACCCAUGGAGGUCUGGAUUUGGAGUCACCCUCAAAAUUAAAAUGGAAAACCACACUACAGGCUGAUCCAACUUUGAUGUAAUGUCCUUAAAACAAGUCAAAAUGAGGCUCAGUAGUGUGUGUGGCCUCCACGUGCCUGUAUGACCUCCCUACAACACCUGGGCAUGCUCCUGAUGAGGUGGCGGAUGGUCUCCUGAGGGAUCUCCUCCCAGACCUGGACUAAAGCAUCCGCCAACUCCUGGACAGUCUGUGGUGCAACGUGGCGUUGGUGGAUGGAGCGAGACAUGAUGUCCCAGAUAUGCUCAAUUGGAUUCAGGUCUGGGGAACGGGCGGGCCAGUCCAUAGCAUCAAUGCCUUCCUCUUGCAGGAACUGCUGACACACUCCAGCCACAUGAGGUCUAGCAUUGUCUUGCAUUAGGAGGAACCCAGGGCCAACCGCACCAGCAUAUGGUCUCACAAGGGGUCUGAGGAUCUCAUCUCGGUACCUAAUGGCAGUCAGGCUACCUCUGGCGAGCACAUGGAGGGCUGUGCGGCCCGCCAAAGAAAUGCCACCCCACACCAUGACUGACCCAACGCCAAACCGGUCAUGCUGGAGGAUGUUGCAGGCAGCAGAACGUUCUCCACGGCGUCUCCCGACUCUGUCAUGUCUGUCACAUGUGCUCAGUGUGAACCUGCUUUCAUCUGUGAAGAGCACAGGGCGCCAGUGGCGAAUUUGCCAAUCUUGGUGUUCUCUGGCAAAUGCCAAACGUCCUGCACGGUGUUGGGCUGUAAGCACAACCCCCACCUGUGGAUGUCGGGCCCUCAUACCACCCUCAUGGAGUCUGUUUCUGACCGUUUGAGCAGACACAUGCACAUUUGUGGCCUGCUGGAGGUCAUUUUGCAGGGCUCUGGCAGUGCUCCUCCUGCUCCUCCUUGCUCAAAGGUGGAGGUAGCGGUCCUGCUGCUGAGUUGUUGCCCUCCUACGGCCUCCUCCACGUCUCCUGAUGUACUGGCCUGUCUCCUGGUAGCGCCUCCAUGCUCUGGACACUAUGCUGACAGACACAGCAAACCUUCUUGCCACAGCUCGCAUUGAUGUGCCAUCCUGGAUGAGCUGCACUAUCUGAGCCACUUGUGUGGGUUGUAGACUCCGUCUCAUGCUACCACUAUAGUGAAAGCACCGCCAGCAUUCAAAAGUGAACAAAACAUCAGCCAGGAAGCAUAGGAACUGAGAAGUGGUCUGUGGUCACCACCUGCAGAACCACUUCUUUAUUGGGGGUGUCUUGCUAAUUGCCUAUAACUUCCACCUGUUGUCUAUUCCAUUUGCACAACAGCAUGUGAAAUGUAUUGUCAAUCAGUGUUACUUCCUAAAUGGACAGUUUGAUUUCACAGAAGUGUGAUUGACUUGGAGUUACAUUGUGUUGUUUAAGUGUUCCCUUUAUUUUUUUGAGCAGUGUAUAAAAUUAUAUUUGUAUUCAUGUAUUAAUUUACUUCUACCUGAUGCCUUUCGUUAAGGUUUUCGAUAGUGUUUUCUUUUCGUAAACGAAAGCCUUCAUAGAAGGCAUUGGGUAUAAUUAAAUUAAUCGACUAAUACGAAUAUAAUUUUACAUAUCUUAAAUGAACGCGUUUUCAUGAAUUUGAUUAUAUAAACUUGAAGGCCAUUCAAAAACAGGGUUGGAUAUGAUCCAGGAAGUAGGAGGGACUUUCAAACCGUAUUUGAUCUUUGAUUUCAGAGUGUAAGGAGAUCUAGUGGAUAAGUUCCUAUUUCCUAUGAGCUCCUACUGCAAAGAGUCAAGCAGAUAUUUGAUACCCUAAUGACUUGCACAUUACGACACACACACACACACACACACACACACAAACUCUCUACCUGUCUGCCCAGAAAGGUGAAGGACUACAGACCACAGUGUGGACACAUUCUAUCGCAUUCCAACUACAUGUCACCAGUUCCCCAAGUACACAAGAAUGCGUCAUUCUGACUUCUCUCUGGGAGAUCUGAGAGGUUGUUGUGCUUUCAAAAUGGCCGCUCCCCUCUCCUUGUCUUACUCAGAACAAGUUCUCCUAGAUUAAGUAAUGCUGAGAUUGUUAGACAUGUGUGUCCUACUGGCUGAAAUAAUGUGAAAUAGAUAAACAGUAGUAAAUCACUGCAAAGGGUAUUCCCCCUUUUGAAUGGUUAAUUGUGUGGACAAACACACACACACACACACACACACACACACACACACAGAGUCGUUUUUGUCUAUGUCAUACAUCGUUCCUCUCAAUGUGAAGUUAAUGUUUGCAUUCUCUCAGGGAGUAAUGGGACAUGGGUGGCCUUGUGUGUUAAUCAGUAUUUGCAAAACGGGUUGACAGGGAUGCUGGGGGUUGUGGGUUUACCAUUUCUGUAGUUGUUGGGUACUAUUGCUGCCGUAGUUUAGAUAUUUUGAGGUUUGGUAUGUUAACUAUUUAGAUUUGAAUCCCUAAUAUCUUGUCAAAGACAAGUUAAACAUGACAUACUGUAGAAAGUCUAGUGAAGCACUGUUAAAAUAAAAAAUAAAAAUACAUUUUAGUCAUUUAGCAGACGCUCUUAUCCAGAGCGACUUAGUUAGUGCAUUCAUCUUAAAAGAUUGCUAGGUAAGAUAACUAUGUGCUAUUUAUAGUGGUUUGAUAAAAUAUGAAAUGACUAAAUGGCUGUUUUCUCCGUGUGUCUGCAGCUCACCAAGGAGAAAGAACAUGGAAAGCUCAACCCUCGGCCAGGAAAGGUGAGUCUGUCUGACUUUUUAUUUAUUUAUUGAACCUUUAUUUAACUAGGCAAGUCAGUUAAGAACAAAUUCUUAUUUACAAUGACGGCCUGCCAAAAGGCAAAAGGCCUCCUGCGGGAACGCGGCUGGGAUAAAAAAAUACAAAAUAAAAAUAAAGGACCAAAUACAUAUCACAACAAGAGAGACAACACUACAUUAAAAGAGACCUAAGACAACAACAUAGCAUGGCAGCAACACACGACAACACAGCAAGGUAGCAACCCAACAUGAAAACAACAUGGUAGUAACACAUGGCAGCAGCACAACAUGGUAGCGGCACAAGACUUGGUACAAACAUUAUUGGGCACAGACAACAGCACAAAGGGCAAGAAGGUAGAGACAACAAUACAUCACGCGAAGCAGCCACAACUGUCAGUAAGAGUGUCCAUGAUUGAGUCUUUGAAUGAAGAGAUGGAGAUAAAACUGUCCAGUUUGAGUUUUUUUUGCAGCUCGUUCCAGUCGCUAGCUGCAGCGAACUGGAAAGAGGAGCGACCCAGGGAUGUGUGUGUUUUGGGGACCUUUAACAGAAUAUGACUGACAGAACGGGUGUUGUAUGUAUGAUUAUUAUUAUAUUAUUAUUGUAUGUGGAGGAUGAGGGCUGCAGUAGGUAUCUCAGAUAAGGGGGAGUGAGGCCUAAGAGGGUUUUGUAAAUAAGCAUCAACCAGUGGGUCUUGCGACGUGUAUACAGAGAUGACCAGCUUACAGAGGAGUAUAGAGUGCAGUGAUGUGUCCUAUAAGGACCAUUGGUGGCAAAUCUGAUGGCCGAAGGGUAAAGAACAUCUAGCCGCUCGAGAGCACCCUUCUAUAAAUUACGUCUCCGUAAUCUAGCAUGGGUAGGAUGGUCAUCUGAAUCAGGGUUAGUUUGGCAGCUGGGGUGAAAGAGGAGCGAUUACGAUAGAGGAAACCAAGUCUAGAUGUAACCUUAGCCUGCAGCUUUGAUAUGUGCUGAGAGAAGAACAGUGUACUGUCUAGCCAUACUCCCAAGUACCUGUAUGAGGUGACUACCUCAAGCUCUAAACCCUCAGAGGUAGUAAUCACACCGGUGGGGAGAGGGGCAUUCUUCUUACCAAACCACUUGACCUUUGUUUUGGAUGUGUUCAGAACAAGGUUUAAGGGCAGAGAAAGCUUGUUGGACACUAAGAAAGCUUUGUUGUAGAUCGUUUAGCACAAGAUCCGGGGAGGGGCCAGCAGAGUAUAAGACUGUAUCAUCUGCAUAUAAAUGGGUGAGAGACCUUCCUACUGCCUGAGCUAUAUUGUUGAUGUAAAUUGAGAAGAGCGUGGGUCCUAGGAUUGAGCCUUGGGGUACUCCCUCGGUGACAGGCAGUGGCUGAGAUAGCAGAUGUUCUGACUUUAUACACUGCACUCUUUGAGAGAGGUAGUUAGCAAAUUAGGCAGAAGACCCCUCAGAGACACCAAUACUCCUUAGUUGGCCGACAAGGAUGGAAUGGUCUACCGUAUCAAAAGCUUUGGCCAAGUCAAUAAAAAUAGUAACACAACAUUGCUUAGAAUCAAUGGAAAUGGUGACAUCAUUUAGGACCUUUUAAGGUUUCAGUGACACAUUCAUAACCUGAGCGGAAACCAGAUUGCAUACCAGAGAGAAUACUAUAGACGUCAAGAAAGCCAGUCAGCUGAAUAUUGACACGUUUUUCCAACACUUUUGAUAAACAGGGCAAAAUAGAAAUUGGCCUAUAACAUUUAGGAUCAGCUUGAUCUCCCCCUUUAAAUAAAGGACGCACCGUGGCUGCCUUCCAUGCAAUGGGAACCUCCCCAGAGAGGAGAGACAGGUUAAAAAGGUCAGAGAGGAUAGGCAAUGAUAUGGGCUGCAACCUUAAAGACGAAAGAGUCUAAACCAUCUGACCCAGAUGGUUUUUUGGUGUCAAGUUUAAGGAGCUCCUUUAGCACGUCGGACUCUGUGACCGCCUGCAGGAGAAACUUUGUAGCGGGACAGGGGGAAAAGAGGGAGGAGCAUCGGGGCUAGUCGCAUUAGAACGGCUGGGAGAUGAGGAAAUGUUGGACGGGCAAGGAGGCAUGGCUGAGUCAAAUAGGAAUCCUGACUUAAUGGUGAUUAAAGAGCUCAGCCAUGUGCUCUAUGUCAGUAACAACCACAUCAUCAACGCUAAGGGACAUUGGCAGCUGUGAGGAGGAGGGUUUAUUCUCCAGGUGAAACAACUACAGGAAUCACCCACCUCUAUCCCUUACCUAUCGUCUUUGUCCUACAGUAUACAAUUUGUCCUACAGUAAAGGUCAAUGUCCCAUUGCAACCUUUUUUAAUGUAAUAAAGGAUGACUGCUCACCAGGUUACCCUUAUCAAAAAAAGUAUAUUUUGCCAGCCUUCUUGACUUGAACUAUGGAUGUCUCCAAGCAGCAAUAGUAACCACAACAUCUUUAAACAUAUUUUUUACACCCCAGUGUUCUUUAAUGUAGGAUUAAUGAUGAUAAUUCAAAGUGAAUUAAUGGCUUCACAGUUCACCGUACCCCAAUGUGACAGUUAGUUGCCAAAGGCGAGUAAUUAAGGAUGAGGAGAGUGAUCUCAUGUAGAGCAUGGUGAAGCUGAUGAAAUUAGAUUAGUAUGAUUCCAUUCAGAUUCACUCAGCCAAACAUCGCUCUCUAUUUGGGCUGUUGAAUAUUUGGAUCUAUCACUCAGAACUGUGUGGAAGUGGAAAUAUGCCACAUCUUCACAAAGAAAGCCAUAAAAAAAAUUCCAAUGCACACUCAGUGGUUUGGACAAUAUUACAAAAAGCCCAGUUCAUUCACUAUAGUCCUAACAUACUAAGAGAGCAGGGGUUCCCAACCUAAGGAUCGCAACCCCAGCAUGGGGUCGCCAAAGCUUACAGUGCUUGAUUUGAGAGAAAAUUAAAUCAAAAUCAGUGCAUCAUUUGUUGUCACGGACGUUGAAGGACGGGUCAGACCAAGGCGCAGCGUGAUAUGCAUACAUGUUUAUUUCACAACAAAUAAACACACGACAGAACAACGAACCAACGAAAUGUGAAGUCCAAAGGCUGAACACAAAACUAGCCUAAACACGGAACAAGAUCCCACAACUACCUAGUGCCAAUAGGCUGCCUAAGUAUGAUCCCCAAUCAGAGACAACGAGCGACAGCUGCCUCUGAUUGGGAACCACACCGGCCAACAUAGAUCUAUACAUACUAGAACACAAACAUAGAACAUUCACACCCUGACUCAACAUAUAAGAGUCCCCUGAGUCAGGGCGUGACAGUACCCCCCCCCCCCAAAGGUGCAGACUCCGACCGCACAACUUUUACACAACAGGGUAGGGGCCGGGUGGGCAUUCCGCCUCGGAGGCGGAUCCGGCUCCGGGCGUGACGACCACAUACGCUCCGCCUCCCUGUUGCGCCCCUGGUCUGGUCUGGACCUCGGCGCGCUGCUUCCCCUCUCCUUCCUCCCACGAUACUCCAAGCCCUGUCUGGACCCUGGUGUGGGAGACCCCGAACAUGGAGAGGGGCUGACAUCUGGGUCUGGACUGGAACCGCUGACCGGAGCUGGACCGGGCACCGGUGGAGCGGACUGCUCAGACUCCGGACUGGAGCCGCUGACCGGAGCUGGACUAGGCACCGGUGGAACGGACUGCUCUGGCUCCGGAGUGGAGCCGCUGACCGGAGCUGGAUCAGGCACCGGUGGAGCGGACUGCUCUGCCUCCGGAGUGGAGCAGCUGACCGGUGCCUGACCAGGCACCGGUGGAACGGGCACGGGCUGUGCCAGACUGGUCUGGUGCGAGGAGCAGGCACGGGCCGGACCGGACUAGGAACACGCACCACUGGCUUGGUGCGAGGAUCAGGAACAGGCCGGGCCGGACUGGGAACACGCACCACUGGCUUGGUGCGAGGAGCAGGAACAGGCUGGGCCGGACUGGCGACACGCACCACUGGCAUGGUGCGAGGAGCAGGAACGGGCCGGGCCGGACUGGCGACACGCACCACUGGCUUGGUGCGGGGAGCAGGAACGGGCCGUACCGGACUGUGGAGGCAGACUGGAGGUCUGGAGCAGAGAGCUGACACAACCCGUCCUGGCUGGAUGCCUACUUCCGCACAGUAUAUGUGAGGCAUUAGCACAGGACGCACUGGGCUGUGCACGCGCACUGGCGAUACAGUACGCAGAACCGGCGCAGGAUAUGUGGGACCGAGGAGGCGUACUGAAGACCAGGAGCGUUGAGCCGGCACACCCCGUCCUGGCUGGAUGCCCAUCUUCGCACGGCACGUGUGUGGUGCUAGCACAGGACGUACAGGACUGUGCCGGCGCACUGGCAACACAGUACGUUGCAUCGCAUAACACGGAGCCUGCCCAGUCACUUCCUCGCGUGAGUACGGGGAGUUGGCUCUGCUCUGAAACUAGGCUCCGCCAACCACAUUUUCUUGGGGCUGCUUCUCGGGCUUCCUCCUCGACCGGAGCCCUCAGUGUUGCCGUUGCUCCUCUCCUGCCUGGGCAUCUACCUUCGCCCAUGGUCCUUUCCCCGCAAAUAUCUGUUCCCACGACACAUCUUCCCCACCUGUGUCCAGGGUGUUCGGUCCUCCUGGGCACGCUGCUUGGUCCGUGUUUGGUGGGAUCUUCUGUCACGGACAUUGAAGGACGGGUCAGACCAAGGCGCAGCGUGAUAUGCAUACAUGUUUAUUUCACAACGAAUAAACACACGACAAAACAACGAACCAACGAAAUGUGAAGUCCAAAGGCUGAACACAAAACUAGCCUAAACACGGAACAAGAUCCCACAACUACCUAGUGCCAAUAGGCUGCCUAGUGCCAAGUAUGAUCCCCAAUCAGAGACAACGCGCGACAGCUGCCUCUGAUUGGGAACCACACCGGCCAACAUAGAUCUAUACAUAAUAGAACACAAACAUAGAAAAUACAACAUAGAACAUUCACACCCUGACUCAACAUAUAAGAGUCCCCUGAGUCAGGGCGUGACAUUUGUAAAUUGGGAGGUGCCGGAACAAAAAGUGAGCACGAGAGGGGGGUGACCUGGGGAGCUCUGAGGUACUGGAACGCGUGAGAAAAAAAGCAUAAAGCAUUGCAUGCAUAUCAUCACAUUUGCGUAGUUGCAUAGAGCAGUAGAGUAGAGGCAUUGACACAUGGGGAACAUUUCAGUAGCCUAGGGUACGGGAAAAAUGUGGCCUUUUAUAAACACAUUUCAGCAUUUUGGCAGAAUCUUUUUUAAUACCGUACGAAUGAUCGAAAUGACAGGCUACUUUGACACUGACAAAUUGCGAAUCUGAGAUCAAUAAAAACUACCUUGAAUCCAUCAAUAGCAUAGGCCUAGGUGUGUGGAAACUCAUAUUGUAGGCUGCAAUAUGAGGAGGAAAUUAUAGUCCUAAACAUGCUUUCCAGUUUCACUGACUCACCCAAUAAUGCGCAGCUCACUCGCCGGUGAUGGCCAAUGCGUUCGUCCCAAAAGCUUAUAUCUCGCUCUUGUUUAACGAAGAGGCAACUCAAAUGAACUUUUAUUAGAAUUCUUACAUUGCAAAAAGUGACUUUUUUCAUGUCACGAGAGGUACCGGAUCCGGCCAAAGAGGUGCCGGAUCCUGUUCCGGCAGGAUCCGGCUCAAAUUAAGCACUGGGCGUACUUGAUGGGCAUGUUUUAGUUUUAUUGUUGGUAACAGUUUCAGUCUCUCAUUAUUAGCCAUUCACAAUUAUUUCCUCUUUGGCAGAAGUUACAUCCAUGCCUUGCCAAUGCUUUUGUGCUCCAGUCAACGAUCCUGUUCGCAAACAAUUAUUGUGGUAUUUCAACACUGAGUAACACUAGCUAAAUACCUGCCCUAUUUACCUAUUGCCAUUAAGAUGGAGAUUAUGAAACUAGAUACAUGUCAAGCUUGCUCCUGCAUGCAACCAAUUAGCUUUUCUCCCAACUGUAUCAAUAAACCUGGAAUUCGUCAUGGCACCUACAGACUUGCUUGACAUUUAGCUCAGACAGUUUCUGAUUAAAGAGCCUAGCUGUGAUACACAAUGGCAUACCUUACCUGAACGUUCACAUGGUUAACAACACAAAGCGCUGUAUCUAAGUUGCAUCACACUCUUUUUGCUGGUUGCUGCCUCCAGUGAUGGAGGAAAGAGCUGGAUAGAGUUAGCCUGGUCAUUAGAUCAGUUUGUUCCUUUAAUGUACGAUAAGAAGUUGAGGCCCUCAACAAACAUGAGUCAAGGUGCAAACCCAAAAAUUACAUCAUCAUUGAAAAGAAAAGGGUGCAACGCUCGCUCACCAUUAAAAACAUAUUAUUUUAUUUGAGCAACUAUUAAAAGCUUGACAUUUGAGCCUUCAUUCCCUUUUACAAUGGCCUUCAUCAGAACCUUUUAAUGUAUGUCAGAGAUAUUGGCUAAAGCACAAACAGAUAGAGGAUGGAGCAUGGGACAGUAUCAGUGUGGCGUUUUUAAUUUGAGCAUCUCUAAUGAAAUGGUGCUGUCUUUUCCAGAUGUUCAUCUUUGACCAGCCAGGGAUGUGUGGCCAGAUGAUUGAGGUGCGGAGUGACGUCAUUGAUGCCACACCCUGGCAACUACAGGAGACUAUCUCUAUCAGGGUUGUCAGGGGAGGGUAAGUGUUCAAAUGCACACUUACUCACUCACUGCUGUAGUUAUAACUGCGUGUGGACUUUAGACUCGAGGGGAUGCACACACCCACACACAUGGGUAUAUGACAUGCACGUGUACACACACACACACACACAAACACACACACACACACACACACACACACAAACACACAAACAAACAAACACAAACACACAAACAAACAGACAAAACAGUCAGUUGUGAACAGAUCAACAAUGGAUGUAAUCGCCAGUUCCAAAGCACCUUACGUGCCCUGGAAAAAACACAGAGCCACAGAGAAAUUGUAAUUGGUGCCUAUAUUUUACUGCCUCCAGCAGCAAACAAAAUCAAAGGCCACACUUUUUCCUCAUGUCACAAGUCACUUCCACAUAUUUGGCCCAACCUCAAAGCAAGAAACAAUAUUUGAACUGUCUUGUCAAGGUUAUUAAAGUAUCUCCAAUGCUGCCAAAUCAUGUAGAUCUUGAAUGCCCCCUUAUCACCCACUGAGAUACACGGAACUGAACACCAAUGUCUGAAAUUGGACACGCAAUUGGAUAUCACAAAAUUUGAGAGAAAAGGGGGUAAAAAAAAAAGGUGCUAUCCAGAACCUAAAAGGGUUAUUUGACUCUCCCAAUAGGAUAACCCUUUGAAGAACCCUUUUUGGUUCCAGGUAGAAACCCUUUUCAACUCGGUGGGAUAUGAUUAUGAAUGAAUCAACAUAUUGUGUGCAUUUGCAUAACUGGAUAAAUAUUUAUACUUACCCAUUAAUAUCUUGAAUAGUGACACCCGUGCCAUCCUCAGUGUGCUAGUGUAGAGCUCUACCAGUGUGUCCAUUUGUUAGAGCAAUGCUCAAUCUAUUCACCAGCUGUGGCUGUUUAAAUCACCUUUGAAAUAGGGCAUGCAUUGUGUUCAAAUUAAUCUUGUUCAGACCAUGGACCGUUACUUUUCAUUUUCCUGUCUUUCCAUUCCUCUCUUCAGCUGGGUCUUGUACGAGAAGCCCAACUUCAAAGGGGAGAAGAUAGCUUUGGACGAGGGGAGACAUAGAGCUCACCUAUCCCUUCGACCCCCCUGAGGAGGAGGAGGAACAACAGCAGAAAAAUGGACAGAAGGGACAGAAGGAGGGAGGAGAAGAAGUAGUGGAGGCCAAGCCGGCCAGGAGGUUCAUCAUAGGAUCAGUACGAAGAGCAGUCAGGGUAAGAAGAAGUCACAGAUUACCCUUAUGAGGACUUGUUACUAUUAUGAUUAGCCAUAGAGCAGUGUUUCUCAAACCAGGCCUUUUUGAGUAACCGCUAAUUCCAAAGGCUUUAGGUGUGUUAGGUUCUAAAUUCUGGUACAAAUCCAGUCGGACACCAAAGGAAGCUCAGACUAGAUUUAUUACACCCAAACUGGAUGUCAUGGCUGCAUAGCACACAUACAAUUCACACAAGUAUAUAUUUAUACCUUCCGAUUAGGCGGAUUCACCUCCUUGCAUGUCUAGAAUAAACAUUAAUUCUCUGUUGCUGGGUAAGAACUGAGUCUGUUCCUUCUAUUGGUGUUAUCGUGGCCCAGCCUGAGUCCAGAACCUUCUUGGUCAGGGGUGUGUGUAUGAGAGAUAAGACUACACUUGGAGUAUUGUCGAGAUGGGCCCCUCUAGCCCCACCCUCUCAGAGGUUUCUUCUCUCUUCAACUGUUGUCCUCACCUCGAUGUUGAACUCCACGUCUCUCCCUGCCCUAGUUCAAACAGAAACUAGCCUGACUUUACCAGGAACUGAGACUCGACUGUGGCUCUUCACCUACCUCCUUAGUAAUAUUAAUAUAAAACAAUAACAUAUCUGGACAAAGACACUUUCUGUAUUUCCCUUGUCGCUGCAUUAACACUCUCCAGCUCCAACAUCCUAGCCAAUAACAAAUUAUUCCUACUAAUAAGCGGAAUUAUGCUAUUAUAAACGGACUCAUUAUGCAACUACAAUGGGCUCAAGUCAAAUAAUCUCCAACAGGUGGAUGAAUGCCACAAGGCAAGAGUUUGGCAAGAGUUAUGCCAAUCUGAUUAGGUGUGGUUCAGUAGAAGAUGUGUUGACAGACUCUGGCACUCUUAAGGAUUGCUGCCUCGAAAUGCCGUCUCCUUUGUUAGAGCCUGUAUCACAAAUGCGCUGCUCUCUGUGAAACUAUAGCACCCUCUAGUCAUACUUGACAUUUCUCUCUGCCCCCACAGGACUACAGUGUGCCAGAGAUCAGUCUGUUCCCAGAGGAGAAUGCAGAGGGGAAGAAGGUGAUCUUCAGAGACACGUCAGAUGACGCCAGGAUAUUCGGCUUCCCCAUCAAAGCCAACUCCAUUAUCAUCAAUGCUGGACUGUGAGUAACAGAGUCUGCUCUGCCAACUACUUUUUAGUAGGACACGUGUGGCACAAGGAUAAACAUUUUAUGAAAGUAGAUGAUUGUUUAAUCAAAUAUAGCUUCAAAUUAAAUAUGUCUUUAUAUUGUUUAUUUUAUCGACAUAAUGACAUGGUUUUGUGAGGUCUAUCUUCUGUUAUGAUAUCCCUGUUCUGAUUGGAUUGACUCUCUUCUCUCUUCAGAUGGCUGGUGUACCCUCAGCCUUUCUUCCAGGGCGUACCACGUGUUCUGGAGGUGGGGGGGUUCCCCAACCCUGCAGCCUGGGGCGUGGAACAACCCUACGUGGGCUCAGUGCACCCUCUCAAAAUCGUAAGAAUCCCCUCCACCUCCAGAACACCUUUCACCUUCUAGAGUUGUGCAGACUUAUUACAAUUAGGACAAUGUACACGGUUUAGAUUUAGAUUGAGUAGAAUACACAUUCCCAUUCAACGUCAUUUUACAGGGGAACAAGGUAAUGCAUUACAUUAUAGAUUAAAUUAGUUAAGAUUACAUUUAAGAAAUGUUUUUUUUUUACAGGGUGAACCAAGAGUGGAGAAACCUGGUGAGCCCAAGGUAAGAGAUACGGCAAUGCGAUGGCCAUGAUAUUGAAAUGAAUGAAUGAACGAGUCAAUCAAACAAUCAAUAAAUCUAAUUACACAACUUCAAAUGAUGCAUGUUGUUCCCUGUUGUUUCCAGCUGGUGCUAUAUGACAAGCCUUACUUCACUGGGAAGUCGAGGACGAUUUACACCAAUAUGAGAGACUUCAUGACCAGACUGGAUAGACAGCAGACUGCCUUCAUGUACAGCGCUGGAUCCAUCAAAGUACAGGGAGGCUGGUGAGUAAACUGUGUGUGUGUGUGUGUGUGUGUGUAUGCAUGUGUGAGUGUCUUACUUCAUGCAUCUCAUCCUGUGUCUCCCUGUACUUCUAGCUGGGUGGGCUAUGAGAAGGAGGGUUUCCGAGGCCACCAGUAUCUGUUGGAGGAGGGAGAGUACCACGACUGGAGGGUGUGGGGGGGCUGCGAUGCCGAGCUGCGCUCUGUCAGAGUCAUACGAGCGGUGAGUGGGCCAUACCAUCACUUAACACCCCCAUCUCUAUCAGGACCUUGUAUCUUGUAUCCAGCUGCUGCAGGAAUGACCAUGUCCUAAAUGGCAUAUUUAUCAUACACUGAGUUUACAAAACAGCUCUUUCCAUUAUGUAGACUGACCAGGUGAAAGCUAUGAUCCCUUAUUGAUGUCACUUGUUAAUACCACUUCAAUCAGUGUAGAUGAUGGGUAUGAGACGAGUUAAUACUAGAACCGCUGGGUGUCGAUGGACCCCCCCUUCAAGCUAAUGAGCAGUCAUUAUGACUGCAACAUUAUAACAGUGUAAUUAAAAAAUUAAAAGUUUCAUAUGCUAUAGCAAAAAUUAUCAUUUGGUUGUGUUUAUGAAGGCCUUGGGUAACAUUAGAAUAUGAUUUGUAUUUUAUUUCAAAUAACACAAUAGCAUUUUCAUUAGUUUAUGUUACUGUAGGCUAAAUGCCCAACUAAAAAAAAGCCAACAUUCAAGUGUUCAAUCCAUUUUAUUAGUGGAGUGCGUUUGUUACAACUAUGAAACAGAAAGCAUAUGUGUUGGAACAUGGUAACAGCUUAUUUUUAGAACGACAAAAUCAAAUAAAAAAAAUACCCCAACCACCAAGAAGCACGGUCAAAAGACGUGUGGUCAAAUGAUGAAAACAUCAGUAGCCUAAACAUUAUAAGCACAAAGUGGCCUUGAUAAAUAGUGAAACUCGGCACAAAAUAAAUAAUGGCAUUAUAAUGAAUAUAAGUGUCGAUAUGACUGCAGUCAUAAAUAGUCAAUUAUUUUCAGCUCGUGCUUGUGUGCAUCUUCACGCAAUGGCAUCAGUUGGAUUUCAUUUAGCUGUUAUCGCUUGCCCUAACAGUUGACACAAAGUUCGUAACUUUCACUUGCUUUGACAUACCAUUGUUUGGUUGUAGUGUGUAAUAGUAUCCGGUUUUCCCUUGGUUGUAUUCCGUUGUCUUGUCAUUCUUCAGCACUGUUGUGGAGUACAACAGCUGUGCAGGUGCCUUAUUUUGCGCAGAAGGAGCUCCCGUCUCACUUUGUUCAUGGUGCCGGCCAGACUUGUUUUCUUUGCAAGCAACUUGUUCGCCAAUGACAGUGAAGUUAAGAAAUUGUCCAUGGUGACAUUGCUCCGCUUGCCAAUGUAAGGUUCCACAAGCCUCAUCACCACAUUCUCUGACACUCUCGCCUCCUGCCGGAUGUGGAUAUUUUCUCAGAGAUUGAAAGCUGUUCAGCAUGUACAAUUACGCACACUCUCGCUGUGUAGCCUACUCCAAGUAGGCCAGAGUAGACUGUUAAGACUGCUUUGAUUCGGUGGACUGAUAUAGGGUACAUACCAUUUUAAGAUUAUAAUUAGAAUGGAUCAAUACAAUAGACUGGCCCGCCCUGUUCUUCAUUCACAAUUGGUGAUUACAUAAUUAUGCCUCUUUUGCUUCCCCUCGCUCAUCAACUCACCCAUUCUCCCCAUCAUACUUUACUUAAUUUAUUUCAGCUGUUGUUAUACAGUGAGGGAAAAAAAGUAUUUGAUCCCCUGCUGAUUUUGUAAGUUUGCCCACUGACAAAGAAAUGAUCAGUCUAUAAUUUUAAUGGUAGGUUUAUUUGAACAGUGAGAGACAGAAUAACAACAAAAAAAUCCAGAAAAACGCAUGUCAAAAUUUUUAUAAAUUGAUUUGCAUUUUAAUGAGAGAAAUAAGUAUUUGACCCCCUCUCAAUCAGAAAGAUUUCUGGCUCCCAGGUGUCUUUUACACAUGUAACGAGCUGAGAUUAGGAGCACACUCUUAAAGGGAGUGCUCCUAAUCUCAGUUUGUUACCUGUAUAAAAAACACCUGUCCACAGAAGCAAUCAAUCAGAUUCCAAACUCUCCACCAUGGCCAAGACCAAAUAGCUCUCCAAGGAUGUCAGGGACAAGAUUGUAGACCUACACAAGGCUGGAAUGGGCUACAAGACCAUCGCCAAGCAGCUUGGUGAGAAGGUGACAACAAUUGGUGCGAUUAUUCGCAAAUGGAAGAAACACAAAAUAACAGUCAAUUUCCCUCGGCCUGUGGCUCCAUACAAGAUCUCACCUCGUGGAGUUGCAAUGAUCAUGAGAACGGUGAGGAAUCAGCCCAGAACUACAGGGGAGGAUCUUGUCAAUGAUCUCAAGGCUGCUGGGACCAUAGUCACCAAGAAAACAAUUGGAAACACACUACGCUGUGAAGGACUGAAAUCCUGCAGCGCCCGCAAGGUCCCCCUGCUCAAGAAAGCACAUAUACAGGGCCGUCUGAAGUUUGCUAAUGAACAUCUGAAUGAUUCAGAGGAGAACUGGGUGAAAGUGUUGUGGUCAGAUGAGACCAAAAUCGAGCUCUUUGGCAUCAACUCAACUCGCCGUGUUUGGAGGAGGAGGAAUGCUGCCUAUGACCCCAAGAACACCAUCCCCACCGUCAGACAUUGAGGUGGAAACAUUAUGCUUUGGGGGUGUUUUUCUGCUAAGGGGACAGGACAACUUCACCGCAUCAAAGGAACGAUGGACAGGGCCAUGUACCGUAAAACCUUGGGUGAGAACCUCCUUCCCUCAGCCAGGGCAUUGAAAAUGGGUCGUGGAUGGGUAUUCCAGCAUGACAAUGACCCAAAACACACGACCAAGGCAACAAAGGAGUGGCUCAAGAAGAAGCACAUUAAGGUCCUGGAGUGGCCUAGCCAGUCUCCAGACCUUAAUCCCAUAUAAAAUCUGUGGAGGGAGCUGAAGAUUCGAGUUGCCAAAUGUCAGCCUCGAAACCUUAAUGACUUGGAGAUGAUCUGCAAAGAGGAGUGGAACAAAAUCCCUCCUGAGAUGUGUGCAAACCUGGUGGCCAACUACAAGAAACGUCUGACCUCUGUGACUGCCAACAAGGGUUUUGCCACCAAGUACUAAAUCAUGUUUUGCAGAGGGGUCAAAUACUUAUUUCCCUCAUUAAAAUGCAAAUCAAUUUAUAACAUUUUUGACAUGCGUUUUUCUGGAUUUUUUUGUUGUUAUUCUGUCUCUCACUGUUCAAAUAAACCUACCAUUAAAAUGAUAGACUGAUCAUGUCUUUGUCAGUGGGCAAACGUACAAAAUCAGCAGGGGAUCAAAUACUUUUUUCCCUCACUGUAUGUGUGAAAUUAGUUUCGGUAUAGUUCAGGUUCAGUUUCGAGGCAAUUGUCCGGGGGAUUAUCAACUGGGCCCUGCACUUUCAACUGUCGGUAGAAGAAGGAGAUUAGGCCCUACUGUUGGGAGAAGGAGGGGCAACUGGGAAAACCAGUCCAAAAAAUGACAUGCCCUUCUAAAACUGGUUAUAACUCCAGUUCUGUUUGUGAUAUUAAGAUUCUAACAACGACAGUGUGUUAUAUAGACGUAUAUAACAGAGGGGGGCAUGACAAAAUAAAUGGCAGAACAAUUAUACGAAAAAAAUCACAAGCAGUCAAAAUUACUGCUUUAGCGGUUCUAGUGUUAAAGAAGGAUUUUUAAGCCUUGAGACAAUUGAGACAUGGGUUGUUUAUGUGUGCCAUUCAGAUGGUGAAUGGGUAAGACAAAAUAUUUAAGUGCCUUUGAACGGGGUAUGGUAGUAGGUGCCAGUUGCACCGGUUUGAUUGUGUUAAGUCAAAUCAAAUUGUAUUGGCCACAUGCGCCGAAUACAACAGGUGUAGACAUUACAGUUAAAUGCUUACUUAUAGCCCUUAACCAACAAAGCAUUUAUUUAUUUUUAUAAAAAUAUAAAAAUAAAAAACUGUUGAGAAAAAAAGAGCAGAAGUCAAAUAAAAUAACAGUAGGGAGGCUAUAUAUACAGGGGGUACCGGUGCAGAGUCAAUGUGCGGGGGCACCGGCUAGUUGAGGUAGUUGAGGUAAUAUGUACAUGUGGGUAGAGUUAAAGUGACUAUGCAUAAAUAAUUAACAGAGUAGCAGCAGUGUAAAAAGAUGGGGUGGGGGUGGGGGGGCAGUGCAAAUAGUCAGGGUAGCCAUGCUUAGCUGUUCAGGAGUCUUAUGGCUUGGGGGUAGAAGCUGUUGAGAAGUCUUUUGGACCUAGACUUGGCACUCCGGUACCGCUUGCCGUGCGGUAGCAGAGAGAACAGUCUAUGACUAGGGUGGCUGGAGUCUUUGACAAUUUUGAGGGCCUUCCUGGCCCCAGUGAUGUACUGGGCCGUACGCACUACCCUCUGUAGUGCCUUGCGGUCGGAGGCCAAUCAGUUGCCAUACCAGGCGGUGAUGCAACCAGUCAGGAUGCUCUCGAGGGUGCAGCUGUAGAAUUUUUUAAAGAUCUGAGGACCCAUGCCAAAUCUUUUCAGUCUCCUGAGGGGGAAUAGGCUUUGUCGUACCCUCUUCACGACUGUCUUGGUGUGUUUGGACCAUGAUAGUUCGUUGGUGAUGUGGACACCAGUGCCUUGUCAACCUGUUCCACUACAGCCCUGUCGAUGAGAAUGGGGGCGUGCUCAGUCCUCUUUUUUUUCCUGUAGUCCACAAUCAUCUCCUUUGUCUUGGUCAUGUUGAGGGAGAGGUUGUUAUCAUGGCACCACACGGCCAGGUCUCUCACCUCCUCCCAAUAGGCUGUCUCAUCGUUGUCGGUGAUCAGGCCUACCACUGUUGUGUCGUCGGUAAACUUAAUGAUGGUGUUGGAGUCGUGCCUGGCCAUGCAAUCAUGGGUGAACAGGGAAUACAGGAGGGUACUGAGCACGCACCCCUGAGGGGCCCCCGUGUUGAGGAUCAGUGUGGCAGAUGUGUUGUUACCUACCCUUACCACCUGGGGGCGGCCCGUCAGGAAUUCCAGGAUCCAGUUGCAGAGGGAGUCGUUUAGUCCCAGGAUCCUUAGCUUAGUGAUGAGCUUUGAGGGCACUAUGGUGUUGAAUGCUGAGCUGUAGUCAAUGAAUAGCAUUCUCCCAUAGGUGUUCCUCUUGUCCAGGUGGGAAAGGGCAGUGUGGAGUGCAAUAGAGUUUGCAUCAUCUGUGGAUCUGUUAUGGCGGUAUGCAAAUUGGAGUGGGUCUAGGGUUUCUGGGAUAAUGGUGUUGAUUUUAGCCAUGACCAGCCUUUCAAUGCACUUCAUGGCUACAAACGUCAGUGCUACGGGUCGGUAGUAAUUUAGGCAGGUUAUCUUAGUGUCCUUGGGCACGGGGACUAUGGUGGUCUGCUUGAAACAUGUUGGUAUUACAGACUCAGUCAGGGACAUGUUGAAAAUGUCAGUGAAGACACUUGCCAGUUGAUCAGCACAUGCUCGGAGUACACGUCCUGGUAAUCCGUCUGGCCCUGAGGCCUUGUGAAUGUUGACCUGCUUAAAAGUCUUACUCACAUUGGCUACGGAGAGCAUGAUCACAUAGUCAUCCGGAACAGCUGGUGCUCUCAUGCAUGCUUCAGUGUUGCUUGCCUCGAAGCGAGCAUAGAAGUGGUUUAGCUUGUCUGGAAGUCUUGUGUCACCUGGCAGCUCACGGCUGUGCUUCCCUUUGUAGUCUGUAAUAGUUUUCAAGCCCUGCCACAUCCGAUGAGCGUCAGAGCCAGUGUAGUAUGAUUCAAUCUUAGUCCGGUAUUGACUCUUUGCCUGUUUGAUGGUUAAUCGGAGGGCAUAGCAGGAUUUCUUAUAAGCGUCCGGAUUAGAGUCCCGCUCCUUGAAAGCGGCAGCUCUACCCUUUAGGUCAGUGCGGAUGUUGCCUGUAAUCCAUCGCUUCUGGUUGGGAUAUGUACGUACGGUCACUGUGGGGACGACGUCAUCAAUGCACUUAUUGAUGAAGCCAGUGACUGAUGUGGUGUACUCCUCAAUGCUAUCUGAAGAAUCACUGAACAUGUUCCAGUCUGUGCUAGCAAAACAGUCCUGUAGCUUAGCAUCUGCGUCAUCUGACCACUUUUUUAUUAACCGAGUCACUGGUUUUUCCUGCUUUAGUUUUUGCUUAUAAGCAGGAAUCAGAAGGUUAGAGUUAUGGUCAGAUUUGCCAAAUGGAGGACGAGUAUGUCAACUCUUACGCUGCUGGGUUGUUCACACUCAACAGUUUCCUGUGUGUAUCAAUAAUGGUUCACCACCUAAAAGAAAAUCCAGCUAACUUGACACAACUGUGGUAAGCAUUGUAGUCAACAUGGGCCAGCAUCCCUGUGGAACGCUUUUGACACCUUGUAGAGUCCGUGCCCCGACGAAUUGAGGCUGUUCUAAGGGCAAAAAGGGGUACAGCUGAAUAUAAGGAAGGUGUUCCUAAUGUUUUGUACACUUUGUAUAUACAGGUAACUACCUAAAUAAAUUAAACAUCAACAUAGUGUCUUUAUAGGUGUCACGUUCGUUGAAGGACAGGUCAGACCAAGGCGCAGCGUGAAAUGCAAACAUGUUUAUUUAAUCAAAAUAAACAUACGAACAAAACAACGUAACGUGAAGUCCUCAGGCUAAACACAAUACAAGCCUAUACACGGAACAAGAUCCCACAACUAAUGAUAGCAAACAGGCUACUAAAGUGUGAUCCCCAAUCAGAGACAACGAGUGACAGCUGCCUCUGAUUGGGAAUCACACCCGGCCAAACAUAGAAACACAAAACCUAGAAAGUGAACAUAGAAAUAAUAACAUAGAUCUCCACACCCUGACUCAACAUACAAGAGUCCCAUAAGUCAGGGCGUGACAAUAGGGUGUUGGGCCCCCACGAGCCAGAACAGCUUCAAUGCACCUUGACAUAGAUUCUACAAGUGUCUGGAACUCUAUUGGAGGGAUGCGACACCAUUCUUCCACGAGAAAUUCCAUAAUUUGGUGUUUUGUUGAUGGUGGUGGAAAACGCUGUCUCAGGCGCUGCUUCAGAAUCUCCCAUGCAUGUUCAAUUGGGUUGAGAUCUGGUGAGUGAGACGGUCAUGGCACCGGGGUCACAUUAGCUUUCAGAAAUCUGCAUUUUCUGCCUUUUAAAUAAUUUCAUCUGAGUUUCAUAUUGGAAGUCAGUGUUUUUUGGCUUCAAUAGAGUGAUAAGAGGCGUGCAACUCUAGUUUUUCUUCACACAAAAUACAUUAGUGCAACAUACACGUAAGUAAAAAGCAAGGUAUUUUUUGCAAAAACGAUGCAUGACCAUCAUAUUUCUAAUGUUUAUCAUAGAAAUAAUGUCGCCAGCUACAUUUCUUAAUGUUUUUUGCUUGAAGUUAAUCUUGCAUUUUAACUUGCUACCAGAGGAAACACUACACUGGAGGAAAGUACCUUAGAAAAGUCGCCUACACAUCAGUCAGAGCACUGACUGGUGAUCUAAUGACGAGCAAAUAUACUUCAUCCGAGUGCAACUGAAGCACGAAAUUAGUCAUUUUACAUUCAUGAUUUGGAGCGAACCCUGACUGAAGCUGAGCAGAAUUUACAAUAACAAGCAUUUUAGAUCUGCAUUUUAUCUUUCCUUUUCUGCGUGAAAAACGCAAACAUGACUCCUGUGGCAUAUGGUUUAUGUCAUUUUCAUGCUCAUCAAACAAUUCAAUCAUUGACCACUGCUGCCCUGUGGAUGGGGGCAUUGUCAUCCUAUGGGGGCAUAGCUAUGGUAGCCAAAAUAAUGGCCUACCCAGCAUUUUUAUAUAUGACCCUAAGCAUGAUGGGAUGUUAAUUUCUUAAUUAACUCAGGAACAACACGUGUGUGGAAGCACCUGCUUUCAAUAUAUACUGAACAAAAAUACAAACGCAACAUGUAAAGUGUUGGUCCCAUGUUUCAUGUGCUGAAAUAAAAGAUCCUCGAAUUUUUCCAUAUCACAAAAAGCUUAUUUCUCUCAAAUGUUGUGCACAAAUUUGUUUACAUCCCUAUUAUUGAACAUUUCUCCUUUGCCAAAAUAAUCCAUCCACCUGACAGGUGUGGCAUAUCAAGAAGCUGAUUAAACAGCGUGAUCAUUACACAGGUGCACCUUGUGCUGGGGACAAUAAAAGGCCACUCUAAAAUGUGCAGUUUUGUCACACAAAACAAUGCCACAUAUGUCUCAAGUUUUGAGGGAGUGUGCAAUUGGCAUGCUGACUGCAGGAUGUCCACCAGAGCUGUUGCCAGAGAAUGUAAUGUUAAUUUCUCUACCAUAAGCUGCCUCCAACGUCGUUUUAGAGUAUUUGGCAGUACGUCCAACCGGCCUCACAACCGCAGACCACGUGUAACCACACCAGCCCAGGGCCUCCACAACCGGCUUCUUCACCUGCGGGAUCGUCUGAGACCUGCCACCCGGACAGCUGAUGAAACUGAGGAGUAUUUCUCUCUGUAAUAAAGCUCUUUUGUGGGGAAAAACUAAUUCUGAUUGGCUGGGCCUGGCUCCCCAGUGGGUGGGCCUGGCUCCCCAGUGGGUGGGCCUAUGCCCUCCCAGGCCCACCCUUGGCUGCACCCCUGCCCAGUCAUGUGUAAUCCAUAGAUUAGGGCCUAAUUUAUUUAUUUAAAUUGACUGAUUUCCUUAUAUGAACUGUAACUCAGUCAAAUUUAGUAAAUAUAAACGCAACAUGCAACAAUUUCAAGUGUUUCCAUUAUUUUGGUGGUGACCUGUAUUACAUGCAGAUGACCCAGGCACAGGAACGUACUCAGGUUAGGCUUUUGGCUUGGGUUUAGGAUUAAAUAUCUAGAAUUUACCUGUCCCCUUUUGCCAUAGGGCAUUGUGGCCAUUCACUCAAAAACAAAUGUAGUUCUAUUGAACUAAUCAGUGUGAAAUACUUUUUGACCAGAAACGGACCAACAGAUGGCAUCUGUAAGGACAGUGGAACACACCACAUCUAGACCUCACUGUGUCUGUGGGCGCCAGCGUGCUUACUGUAGCUAUUCCUUUCCUGCUGGUAAAGUUUAAAAUGUAGCUGGUCCUAGAGCUGUGCCUAAAGACAACUCCUACCUGGAGCCACAGUAUGUGACCUAUGACCCCUCUGUCCCCUGUAGGACCUGACGGAGCCCAUGCUGGUGAUGUAUGAGCAGCCAGGCGAGGAGGAGGAGGUGGAGCAGGAGAACACCUUUGAGGUGACCGAGGCCAUUCCUGACGUGGAGCUGUUUAACUACCGCACCACCACUCGCGCCAUCCAGGUCCUCAGUGGAGCGUAAGUACACAUGCUUGUGAUGAGCAGCGUUAUAGUCUAAGUGGUAUAGUCUAGUGUAAUAUACAAGGGUGAAAGUAGAAUUAAUUUCUUCCCAGUACGGGACCUCCAAUAUUUGUUAUAGGCCUAAUCAUAGAAUUACAAAUAUAAUCCCUAUUAAUUCAAUAAUCUGUGGGCCUAGUCAAAAAUAUUUGUCAUUUAACUUUUAAAAUGUAUUACCAUUUAUUGUGGCAUAAACACAACCAGUCAUGAUGUUUUCAUCUGAUUGUCAAACAAUCACUUCAAAGGGCUUCUUUACUAGGAUACCCGCGCACGUUCUUCUACUGGCAACAUAUUACCCGCCUCCAAACAGUGGUGAAUGGAAAGAGACUGGUAUUACACAAAACACCAAAAAGUGUAAUGACAUUUGCCGAUUGUCAUUAGGCCAGAAUUUAUAAGUCCACUGCUGUCUCUGCACGUCUCAGUGUUUGCUACUCAUCUCUGCCUUGGCAAAAUGUCAGUGUUCACAUCGAACCACAUCACACGUAGGCUAAACCACCCGUUUUCAAGUCCAUUCGCUAAUUUUUCAUUAGUCUGACAUGCGGUAAUGAUAAAUAAUGGUGUAGUAGUCUCCAGUUUUCUUGACAUUUUGUUUUCAUUUUUGUGAUAGGCUCAUGUUUUACCGGUACAGCGUACCCCUACUAUUUAUUUUGCCGGGAAGUUGUACCGGAUUGUAACACCUUACUUUCACCCCUGGUUAUAUAGUAAUAGUAUAGUAAUGACUGAUAUAAUUUUUGUGUGUCAGAGGCCUGAUAAGAUAAUAAGAAUAUAAUCAUGACUAGAGCCAAUAUAGAUAUGGCUCUGAUAAUAACUUGAUACGGGCUGAAAAGUUAAUAAGAAUAUGAUCAUAUUCGAUAAUACCUGGAUUUAUAAAAAUCCACCUUUCCAGAAAUAAGUCUCUCACUGUUGCCGCUUGCUACAGACCCCUGUCAGCCCUCAGCUGUGCCCUGGACACCAUAUGUGAAUUAAUUGCCCCCCAUCUAUCCUCAGAGUUCGUAUUGCUUGGUGACCUAAACUGGGAUAUGCUUAACACCCCGGCCGUCCUACAAUCUAAACUAGAUGCCCUCAAUCUCACACAAAUUAUCAAGGAACCUACCAGGUACAACCCUAAAUCCGUUAACAUGGGCACCCUCAUAGAUAUCAUCCUGACUAAUUUACCCUCUAAAUGCACCUCUGCUGUCUUCAACCAGGAUCUCAGCGAUCACUGCCUCAUUGCCUGUGUCCAUAAUGGGUCCGCGGUCAAACGACCACCCCUCAUCACUGUCAAACGCUCCCUAAAACACUUCAGCGAGCAGGCCUUUCUAAUUGACCUGGCUCGGGUAUCCUGGAUGGAUAUUGACCUCAUUCCGUCAGUAGAGGAUGCAGGGUUGUUCUUUUAAAAGUGCUUUCCUCUCCAUCUUAAAUAAGCAUGCCCCAAUCAAAAAAUUCUGAACUAAGUACAGAUAUAGCCCCUGGUUCACCCCAGACUUGACUGCCCUUGACCAGCACAAAAACAUCCUGUGGCGUACAUCCAAGCAUUUUGCUAUGGCUGACCAUGCUUUCCACCUAGCUACACCUACCCCGGCCACUAGCUCUGCACCCUCCGCUGCAACUUGCCCUUGCCCCCCCCUGCUUCUCAUUCACCCAAAUUCAGAUAGCUGAUGUUCUGAAAGAGCUGCAAAAUCUGGACCCCUACAAAUCAGCUGGGCUAAACAAUCUGUACCCUUUCUUUCUAAAAUUAGCUGCUGAAAUUGUCGCAACACCUAUUACCAGCCUGUUCAACCUCUCUUUCGUAUCGUCUGAGAUCCCCAGAGAUUGGAAAGCGCCCGUGGUCAUCCCCCUCUUCAAAGGGGGUGACACUCUAGAUCCAAACUGUUACAGACCGAUAUCCAUCCUGCCCUGCCUUUCGAAAGUAUUUCAAAGCCAAGUUAACAAACAGAUCACCGACCAUUUCGAAUCCCACCGUACCUUCUCCGCUAUGCAAUCUGGUUUCCGAGCUGGUCAUGGGUGCAACUCAGCCACGCUCAAGGUCCUAAACGAUAUUAUAACCACGAUCGAUAAAAGACAGUACUGUGCAGCCGUCUUCAUCGACCUGGCCAAGGCUUUCGACUGCGUCAAUCACUGCAUUCUUAUUGGCAGACUAAAUAGCCUUGGUUUCUCAAAUGACUGCCUCGCCUGGUUUAACAACUACUUCUCAGAUAGAGUUCAAUGUGUCAAAUCGGAUGGCCUGUUGUCUGGACCUCUGGCAGUCUCUAUGGGGGUGCCACAGGGUUCAAUUCUCGGGCCGACUCUAUUCUCUGUGUAUAUCAAUGAUGUCGCUCUUGCUGCUGGUGACUCUCAGAUCCACCUCUACGCAGACGACACCAUUUUGUAUACAUCUGGCCCUUCAUUGGACACCGUGUUAACAAACCUCCAAACAAGCUUCAAUGCCAUACAGCACUCCUUCUGUAGCCUCCAACUGCUCUUAAACGCUAGUAAAACUAAAUGCAUGCUCUUCAAUCGAAUGCUGCUUGCACCCGCACGCCCGACUAGAAUCACUACUGUCGGUGGGUCUGACUUAGAAUAUGUGGACAACUACAAAUACCUAGGUGUCUGGUUAGACCGUAAACUCUCCUUCCAGACUCACAUUAAGCAUCACCAAAGUUAAAUCUAGAAUCGGCUUCCUAUUUCGCAACAAAGCCUCCAUCACUCAUGCUGCCAAACAUGCCCUCGUAAAACUGACUAUCCUACCGAUCCUUGACUUCGGCAAUGUCAUUUACAAAAUAGCUUCCAACACUCUACUCAGCAUAUUGGAUGUAGUCUAUCACAGCGCCAUCCGUUUUGUCACCAAAGCCCCAUAUACUACCCACCAUUGUGACCUGUACGCUAUCGUUGGCUGGCCCUCACUACAUAUUCGUCGCCAAACCCACUGGCUCCAGGUCAUCUAUAAAUCACUGCUAGGCAAAUCCCUGCCUUAUCUUAGCUCAUUGGUCACCAUAGCAACACCCACCUGUAGUAUGCGCUUCAGCAGGUAUAUCUCACUGGUCAUCCCCAAAGCCAACACCUCCUUUGGCCGCCAUUCCUUCCAGUUCUCUGCUGCCAAUGACUGGAACGAACUGCAAAAAUCUCUGAAGCUGGAGACUCUUAUCUCCCUCACUAACUUUAAGCAUCAGUUGUCAGAGCAGCUUACCGAUCACUGCACCUGUACACAGCCCAUCUGUAAUUAGCCCACCCAACUACCUCAUCCCCAUAUUGUUCUUUAUUUUGCUCAUUUGCACCCCAGUAUCUCUAUUUGCACAUCAUCUUCUGCACAUCUAUCAUUCCAGUGUUAAUACUAAAUUAUAAUUAUUUUGCACUAUGGCCUAUUUAUUGCCUUACCUCCAUAACUUACUACAUUUGCACACACUGUAUAUAGGUUUUCUAUUGUGUUAUUGACUGUACUUUUUGUUUAUCCCAUAUGUAACUCUGUGUUAUUUUUAUCGGACUGCUUUGCUUUAUCUUGGCCAGGUCGCAGUUGUAAAUGAGAACUUGUUCUCAACUGGCUUACCUGGUUAAAUAAAGGUGAAAUAAAAUAAAAUAAAAACAGUGAAUGAAGGAUGUUAGAGUAUUAGUGGAGGUUUGACUCAAAGUGACCACUGUUCUCUCCUCCUCCAGAUGGAUAGCCUACUCUCAUGUGGACUUCUCUGGUGACCAGUAUAUCCUGGAGAAAGGUUUCUACAGUAAAUCUACUGAUUGGGGCUCUUCAGACAACCGCAUCUGCUCUGUCCAGCCCAUCCUACAGGUGAGUAGGAGCCUAGAGACUAUUUUCUAUUGAGUUGACAGUGGAGAGACGGAAACAGACAGGAAAAUGAACUGAAAGGAGAAUAUCCAAACUGUUUCGAUGCUCCUUUAAUGUUAAUAUUGCAAUAUUUUGAUCGCUGUGGGUGCUUCUUUGUCAGCCUGAGGAAUAAUGAAAAGGAUGUUUGACAUUGUGAUGUUUACUCAGUUCUCUUGUGUCUGUUUCAGGCUCCAAGUGAAAACCAGGGCAACGUCAGAAGUGAGGUGAGACAUCUUGUAUAAUCGUAUAUCCUUCUGCAGUCUCUUUUCACAAUUCACUUGAGCUAUGUCUACAGUAAAUGUGACCGAUUUUUUUAUUUUUUUACUCUCUUUCUUCCUUCGCUCUCCCUGUCCGCUUCAGGUGAUUCUGUACACAGAGCCAGAUUUCCAGGGUGAAUGCCAUCUGUGUGACAAGAACCAGGAGUCCCUCUCUGACAAGCUCAUCGCCAAGUCCUGCAGAGUGGUGGGAGGAAGGUGGGACAGAACCAACACACUCAGAGCUAACAUUCUGGCAGUAGCCAAAGAGAGGAAAGAAUGAAGGAGAAUUUGGGAUGUUACACAGGCUUAGUGCACUCUUAGAAUAAAAGGUACUAUCGAGAACAUAGGAGAACCCUUUGAAGAACCCCUUUUGGUUCCAGGUAGAAUCCUUUCCACAGAGAGUUCUAUAUUGAACCCAAAAUAGUUCUACCUGGAAACAAAAAUAGUAUUCCUAUGGGGACAGCCGCAGAACCCUUUUUGAACCCUUUUUUCUAAGAGUGUGUAGAUGUUGAUACAUUUGUGUUUCUCAACUCCGGUCCUUGAGUACCCCCAACAGUUCACAUUUUUGUUGUUGUUGCCCUGGGAAAACACACCUCAUUCAUCUUGUCAAGGGCUUGAUGAUUAGUUGACAAGUAAAAUUGCAUGUGCUUGUUCGCUGCCACAACAAAAAUGUGUACUGUUAUGGGUACUCGAAAACAAGAGUUGAGAAACACUGGGAUGGAGGACUUCGAGAUGAGAGAUGAGCCAUCCCAGAAUUAUUACUCUACCAAGCUUAUCGCUUUUGGGACAGAACCAACACACAUACAUACAUGCAUGCAGACACACACACACACUCAUAUAUAUAUAUAUAUAUAUAUAUAUAUAUAUAUAUAUAUAUAUAUAUAUAUAUAUAUAUAUAUAUAUACGCACACACGCACACACAAAGUGUGAGAGAGGGAAAAUGUAGAAUUAGGAGAGAUAGAAGGAUACACAGGCUUAGUGGAGAUGUAGAGGAUGGUAUGGAGUGAUGGAGAAGGACCUAGAGAUGAGCCGGCACAUAAAUAUUACAACUGUACUGAUGAGCAUGUGGAGUUAGUACAUUUGUUUUAAAUGGAUUUUGUGUGUUCCUCUGUGUUUCAGUUGGGUGGUGUACGAGGGCCGUGAGUAUUCAGGGAACAUGUACAUCCUGUCAGAAGGAGACUACCCCAACUUCACCAGCAUGGGCUGUCCUCCGAACUGUGUCAUACGCUCGCUGAAGACUAUCCCACUGGUAAGAACAAUCCUCAUAUACUAGUCCCACUCGUUUAUAGACUGGCUUUUUCACCUCCCUCUCACCAGUACAUUUCACUUUGUGUGUCUGUCUCACUCUCUAGCUUUCUCAAUUUUUUAUUUGCAAUCACUUAAUGAAUCAAUUUGUUGUUCAUCAUAAUAUUAAAGGUAUAUUUGACUUAAUGCCCCCAGCCCUCUCUCUCCAUCAUACCAUUACUCCUCUACCCUGACCCACUGUAACACUGCUCCAGCCUAUUCAACCUAAUGUGUGUGGAUAUCAGAGGGGUUGGAAAAAAAGCAGAAGACAAAUUUCCAUCCCAUGUGGACUAAAAAAGUAUAUCUUAAUGUUAACACUGUAUAUCUUAACCCCCCUGUUUCCACAGGGAUUCUCAGUGCCCUCCAUCUCUCUGUUUGGUCUGGAGUGUUUGGAGGGCAGGGAGAUCACAGUGGACACAGAGGUGGUCAAUAUGCUGGAGGAGGGCUACAACAACCAUCUACUCUCUGUCAGAGUCAACCGAGGCUGGUGAGUGUGGAUGUGUGUGUGUGCAUGCUUGUUUGUGUUAUUCAGAGUGUUUACAUUAUGUGAUCUUGUGUAACUCUCUCACCCUAUGCCUCACUUGCGCUCUUUGCAGCUGGGUGCUGUGUGAGCACAGUAACUACAGGGGGCGCCAGCUCCUGUUAGAACCCAUCGAAAUCACCAACUGGCCCAAGUUCAGUCAGCUUCUCACCAUUGGCUCAAUGUACCCAGUACGACAGGUUAGUAUCUCACUCGACUUCUUACUUCAUUCCAGUUAUAAUGCACCGUAAGAAAAAAAAAGUUUGCUUAGAAUAGUGAUCCUGACUAUUGUGAGUCAGUUUAAAAUUUGCUACAUAGAGACCUAAUUUAUUAUAAGCGUUAUAAUAAGACAUCAUAAAAGCUUAUACAAAGUUAUGAAGCCCUUACGCUACUUCUAUUUGCUUUGACAUGUGACUGUUUCCAUUUCCUGCAGAGGCGGUGCUUCUUCCGCAUCAAGAGCAAGGAGCGAGGUCACUUCCUGUCCAUCCAGGGCGGUGUAGAGGAAAUUAAGUCGGGACGCGUGGUGGUGACCGAGCAGGUGGAAGGCAUGAGCGACAUCUGGUUCUACCAGGAGGGCCUCAUCAAGAACAAGGUAUUACUCACUAGGAAUAAAGUUCCUAAACUUUUAUUAUUUCAAUUUUCUUUAUUCUUAUGAUCAUUUUCUUUCACCUUACUGAGGAACCCCUGGGACUCCCUCGUGGAACCCCAUGGGUUCCCAGAUUCCAGUUCUCAAGAGCUGCAGUCCUGCUGUUUUAAAAAUAUAUAUAUUUGAGUUGAUACCUUCCUGGCACUUGAUUGAUACAUUUAUCAAUUAUAUCAAUCACAAUUAUUGAUUGAUUGAUUGAUCGAUUGGCCAUAGAGUGCACACACCUGUUUGUCCGGGUAGACAUUAGUCUCUGAUUAAAAGGCAAAGAUGGACACUAGCAUACACUGUAGCCCUUGAGGACCAGAGUUUCCCACCCCAGGUCUUAGAUUCACAUAUAAACUCAGCAAAAAAAGAAACGUCCUCUCACUGUCAACACCGUUUAUUUUCAGCAAACUUAACAUGUGUAAAUAUUUGUAUGAACAUAACAAGAUUCAACAACUGAGACAUAAACUAAACAAGUUCCACAGACAUGUGACUAACAGAAAUGGAAUAAUGUGUCCCUGUACAAAGCGGGGGUCAAAAUCAAAAGUAACAGUCAGUAUCUAGUGUGGCCACCAGCUGCAUUAAGUACUGCAGUGCAUCUCCUCCUCAUGGACUGCACCAGAUUUGCCAGUUCUUGCUGUGAGAUGUUACCCCACUCUUCCACCAAGGCACCUGCAAGUUCCCGGACAUUUCUGGGGGGAAUGGCCCUAGCCCUCACCCUCCGAUCCAACAGGUCCCAGACGUGCUCAAUGGGAUUGCGAUCCGGGCUCUUCGCUGGCCAUAGCAGAACACUGACAUUCCUAUCUCUGUAGCUCAGCUGGUAGAGCACGGCGCUUGUAACGCCAAGGUAGUGGGUUCGAUCCCCGGGACCACCCUACCCCGGGACCACCCAUACACAAAAAUGUAUGCACACAUUACUGUAAGUCGCUUUGGAUAAAAGCGUCUGCUAAAUGGCAUAUUAUUAUUAUUAUUAUUAUAUCUUGAAGGAAAUCAUGCACAGAACGAGCGGUAUGGCUGGUGGCAUUGUGAUGCUGGAGGGCCAUGUCAGGAUGAGCCUGCAGGAAGGAUACCACAUGAGGGAGGAGGAUGUCUUCCCUGUAAUGCACAGCGUUGAGAUUGCCUGCAAUGACAACAAGCUCAGUCCGAUGAUGCUGUGACACACCGCCCCAGACCAUGACGGACCCUCCACCUCCAAAUCAAUCCCGCUCCAGAGUACAGGCCUCGGUGUAACGCUCAUUUCUUUGACGAUAAACGCGAAUCCGACCAUCACCCCUGGUGAGACAAAACCGUGACUCGUCAGUGAAGAGCACUUUUUGCCAGUCCUGUCUGGUCCAGCGACGGUGGGUUUGUGCCCAUAGGCGAUGUUGUUGCCGGUGAUGUCUGGUGAGGACCUGCCUUACAACAGGCCUACAAGCCCUCAGUCCAGCCUCUCUCAGCCUAUUGCGGACAGUCUGAGCACUGAUGGAGGGAUUGUGCGUUCCUGGUGUAACUCGGGCAGUUGUUGUUGCCAUCCUGUACCUGUCCCGCAGGUGUGAUGUUCGGAUGUACCGAUCCUGUGCAGGUGUUGUUACACGUGGUCUGCCACUGCGAGGACAAUCAGCUGUCUGUCCUGUCUCCCUGUAGCGCUGUCUUAGGCAUCUCACAGUGCGGGCAUUGCAAUUUAUUGCCCUGGCCACAUCUGCAGUCCUCAUGCCUCCUUGCAGCAUGCCUAAGGCACGUUCACGCAGUUGAGCAGGGACCCUGGGCAUCUUUCUUUUGGUGUUUUUCAGAGUCAGUAGAAAGGCCUCUUUAGUGUCCUAAGUUUUCAUAACUGUGACCAUAAUUGCCUACCAUCUGUAAGCUGUUAUUGUCUUAACGACCGUUCCACAGGUGCAUGUUCAUUAAUUGUUUAUGGUUCAUUGAACAAGCAUGGGAAACAGUGUUUAAACCCUUUACAAUGAAGAUCUGAAGUUAUUUGGAUUUCUAUUAAUUAUCUUUGAAAGACAGGGUCCUGAAAAAGGGACGUUUCUUUUUUUGCUGAGUUUACAUUGUUCAACAGUCAAUCUGCUAGUCCUAUAGUAAUCAAAAUAAAUAUGGAAGUUUAUUGUAUAUUUCUACUGAAAACAAAUAGAGUUGACCAGAGUUCUACAUUUUUUAUGUCUCUCUUUCUCUGUCUCUAGUUGGCUCCUGCUAUGAGCCUGCAGGUGAUGGGGAACGUGGAGGCGGGGGCGAAGGUGGUGCUGUGGUCAGAGACCCGGCAGCCUGUCCAGACCUGGUCAGCCCAGAUGAGAGGCACCAUCCCCAGCCUCACCUUCCCUGGCAUGGUGUUGGACAUCAAGGGUGAGACACUACUGUCAUCUUAGGAGUGAAAUUAUAGUAACUACACACAUAUGAAUUGUACUUUCAUGCAAUACUAUGCACACUCAGCACCUAUUGGGUAAAUGUUUGGGGUAAUAUACACCCCCCCCCCCCCCCCCCCCCCCCCCCCCCCCAAUGUUCCCUCUAAUGUUUGGGGGGACUAAGGACACUAGGUCUUGUGAGCGGAAACUUGAACCUUGUGAGAAUUUUGUGCAACUUCCAGCGCCCAUUUACAGUGAACACUGAGGCUGUACCGUUACAGUUUUAGACAGUAGGCAAUAGGCUAUCGUGGCUAUUUGAGCAUAAUGUAUCCCAUUAUAUUUUCACAAGGAAAUUAUACAGUAGCCUAUAUGUGGUGUUCAAUGCAGGCCUACAUUGCAUGAUACUUUUAAUAACGUUUUUACAUUAUGAAGGGCUUGACAUUAAUUUAUACUUUUUUACUUGGGUCUGUAACACCAUGUGCCAAAAAGGUGACUGUAAAUUGCAUUGUAUUGUGUUGUAUGAUUCAAGAAACCACUUUACAAAAUAAAAUUAUUAUUAUUAACAUACAGAGAAUUAGACUACCCCUUCUGCCUAUUGGCUUAUUUGCACAUUCAAGCCUGUCUCAAAAUACAACACUGCCCCUUUAAUUAAGUUUUUACCUGACUGGCUUUUUUAAAGACUGGCAUGUUGUGCUCUUGUAGGAAGCAGUAACUCCCCAUUGCUGACCUAUAAUUAUCUAUACUGAACAAAAUUAGUCAUUUUAUUUGGAGCGAACCCUGACUGAAGCUGAGCAGAAUUUACAAUAAGAAGCGUUUUAGAUCUGUGUUUACAAAACUCAGCAAAAUAUUUUUUCUGCCUUUUAUCUUUCCUUUUCUUGAGUGAAAAACUCAAACGCGACUCCUGUGGCAUAUGGUUUACAUCGUUUUCAUGCUCAUCAAACCAUUCAACAAUUGACCACUUCUGCCCUGUGGAUGGGGGCAUUGUCAUCCAAUGGGGGCAUAGCUAUGGUAGCCAAAAUAAUGGCCUACCCAGCAUUUUUAUACAUGACCCUAAACAUGAGGGGAUGUUAAUUUCUUAACUCAGGAACAACACCUUUGUGGAAGCACCUGCUUUCAAUAGAGUACAUUCGGAAAGUAUUCAGACCCCUUGACUUUUUCCACAUUUUGUUACGUUACAGCCUUAUUCUAAAAUGGAUUCAAUAAAUACAAAUUCUUAUCAAUCGACACACAAACAGGAUUUUAGAAAUGUUUGCGAAUUUAUAAAAUAAAAUAAAACUGAAAUACCUUAUUUACAUAAUUAUUCAGACCCUUUGCUAUGAGACUCGAAAUUGAGCUCAGGUGCAUCCUGUUUACAUUGAUCAUCCUUGGGAUGUUUCGACAAUUUGAUUGGAGUCCACCUGUGGUAAAUUCAAUUGAUUGGACAUGAUUUGGAAAGGCACACACCUGUCUAUAUAAGGUCCCACAGUUGGACAGUGCAUGUCAGAGCAAAAACCAAGCCAAAGGAAUUGUCCGUAGAGCUCCGAGACAGGAUUGUGUCGAGGCACAGAUCUGGGGAAGGGUACCAAAAAAUUUCUGCAGCAUUGAAGGUCCCCAAGAACACAGUGGCUUCCAUCAUUCAUAAAUGGAAGAAGUUUGGAACCACCAAGACUCUUCCUAGAGCUGGCCACCCGGCCAAACUGAGCAAUCGGGGGAGAAGGUCCUUGGUCAGGGAGGUGACCAAGAACCCGAUGGUCACUCUGACAGAGCUCUAGAGUUCCUCUGUGGAGAUGGGAGAACCUUCCAGAAGGACAACCAUCUCUGCAGCACUCCACCAUUCAGGCCUUUAUGGUAGAGUGGCCAGACGGAAGCCACUCCUCAGUAAAAGGCACACGACAACCCUGCUUGGAGUUGGCCAAAAGGCACCUAAAGGACUCUCAGACCAUGAGAAACAAGAUUCUCUGGUUUGAUGAAACCAAGAUUGAACUCUUUGGCCUGAAUGCCAAGCGUCACAUCUGGAGGACACCUGGCACCAUCCCUACGGUGAAGCAUGAUGGUGGCAGCAUCAUGCUGUGGGGAUGUCUUUCAGCGGCAGGGACUGGGAGACUAGUCAGGAUCGAGGGAAAGAUGAACGGAGCAAAGUACAGAGAGAUCCUUGAUGAAAACCUGCUCCAGAGCGUUCAGGACCUCAGACUGAGGCGAAGGUUCACCUUCCAACAGGACAGCAACCCUAAGCACACAGCCAAGACAACGCAGGAGUGGCUUUGGGACAAGUCUCUGAAUGUCCUUGAGUGGCCCAGCCAGAGCCCAGACUUGAACCCGAUCGAACAUCUCAGGAGAGUCCUGAAAAUAGCUGUGCAGCGACGCUAACCAUCCAACCUGACAGAGCUUGAAAGGAUCUGCAGAAAAGAAUGGGAGAAGCUCCCCAAAAACAGGUAUGCCAAGCUUAUGGCUUCAUACCCAAGAAUUCUCAAGGCUAUAAUUUACAUACUUAUGUAAAUAUGAUAUUUCAGUUUUUAAUUUUUUAUACAUUAACAAAAAUGUCUAAAAACGUGUUUUUGCUUUGUCAUUUAUGGGGUAUUGUGUGUAGAUUGAUGAGGAAACAAAAAUUAUUUAAUCAAUUUUAGAAAAAGGCUGUAAUGUAACGAAAUGUGGAAAAAGUCAAGGGGUCUGAAUACUUUCCGAUGUAAUGUGUUGGUCCCAUGUUUCAUUAGCUGAAAUAAAAGAUCCCAGAAUUGUUUUCAUAUCACAAAAAGCUUAUUUCUCUUUUUGUUCAGUGGGCUAAUAACUCGCUAACUAGCAUAGAAUAUCAAGAAAUGUGCACACGCACUAAUCUGAAAAGCACAUUCACUCGCGGGUGAUUGAAAGACCGCUCGUGGGCUACCCCCACCAAUAGAAUUCUACUCCGUUGCGCUCUGGCUCUGCCUACAACAAAAUCACGGACUCAAUCUUGCAAAGUUAGAUUUGUUUUUGUUUGUUGCUUUGAAAAAGGGCUGAUAUACUAAUUGGGUGAACUCAGUGUUCAGUCUCUUGUGUCUCUGCAUGGUCUUUCUUCUCCGCUGCAGUCCUGGAGGAGGUGCACGGCAGCUUAGAGGGAACAUUGCUGCCCCCCCCCACUUAUUUAUUUGGACAGGGGAUUGAUCAGGGAUGUGAUGGGCACAACAUAUAUAGGAAAUAAAGGCUACUGAUAAGAUAUAGAUGUAAUAAGUAGGCAUUGUUGAUAUAAAAUAAUCACAUCACUUAUUGAUAAGCAUGCUAUAAAUUAAUGAUAUAAUUGUAUCUCUCAGGUGGCAAGCAGUACGACAGAGACCAUGUGGUGAUUUUACCAGAGAGUGAGGAGAGGCCUUGCCAACAGUGGGAGCUGGAGCUGCUAUAACCUUCCAAUAACCUUCCCACACCCUUCACCCGCUCCUCCAAUACAAUACGUUGCAAUAUCCCCAACCCCUCAGAACUCCUGCUUGGCCUUUAGGAAGCACCACAGACUUAACCUUGUGUCAUCAUCAGGCACUGUCAAUAUGAUCUGAGAACAUCUUCAUUGCAGUUAAAGGGUUUUUAUUUAAUUCAGUGAAAUUCCAUUAUCAUUUUUUGCCUUGAUGUGAGGACCGCAGCAUACGAACGACUGAACAAUAAACAACCAGUGCCUUUUGAAUCAACUGGAGAGGAUGUGAAGGGUAAUGAUCCCCGCCCCCCUCCUUAAAUAUGUAUAUUUGGAUUAUUCUAUUUACAGACAUUCUACUCUCUCAGAUUCUUCCUUGACUUGGAUGGUAUGACCCGGCUUACCCACACACAGUAGUGGACUGAACCAUUCACUUGAACUCACCAAUGAUUACUUCUACUAUAUGGUACAUUAUCUGUGGCUACAAGCAGUAUAUUUAAGAUGGAUUCAUAAAGGAAGCCAAAUAUAUGCACAUUAUUUUCUGAAUUGACUUAGUCAAACAAAAUACCAAAAAAAACGAUUUCAUGUACUACGUUUUGGGAAAACAUUGGAUGAGAAGUGUAUUCUUUAUGCAGUAUAAUACAUACACAAUACAUAUAACAAUGUAUGAUGACAUGCAAUGACCCUGUGGGCUUUUAUGGAAUUACUCUCGAAUGCUAGUCUAUGUUCUUUAAGGUGGUGUUUCUAUUUCACUAUGGUAUUACUACUGUAGUUGCAUAGAUAUUAAUCAUACAUUGCCAAUCACUGUCAACAUACAGGUUACUUUAUUUGUUUUAUAACACCAAAUGCCUUGCUUCUCUGUGCACUCUUUGAUACCAAAAAUAUGUGAAUGGUUUUAAAAUAUCAAAUAUAAAUAUUAAAUAAAACGUAUCAAUUGUUAAAA